GUCGUCGUCAGCACGUGUAGCGGUGUGAUAUAUUCUGAUUCUCCAUGUGUUUUAUGCACAUGCAAGGAAUUUAAGAUUCAAUCUAAUAAUAUUCAAUUGAUAAAUUAAUAAAAUUCAAUAAAUUAAUAAAAUUCAAUCUAAUAUAAGAAUUUACGAUCAAUUUAAUCAUAAAAGAAAAAACAGUAAUUAUUUUUUCAUAAUGUCUGUCUUAAAAGUGAAACCAACCUUGAAAAAAGUGAGAAUUUCCAAAAACAAGAAAAAAUCAUGGAAAAAAAUAGAUACACAAGAUAUAGACAGUCACUUACAAGAAAGUUUGUUGGAAGAAAGAUUGGGUGGUUCUCUUUCUGCUAAAAAGGACUCAGAACUAUUUUUUGAUGAUACCAAGCAAGAAAAAAUUAGUAAAAAACAGUAUAGGGAUGCUUUAAUUUACAGUCAACCAAAGUGUUUUAGCAUUUUAACAGAGUAUUCAUCUGUUUCUGAUCCACUUGUAAAGAGAAACAGGGUCAGAACACCUGAAGAGCGACAGAAGACUCUUAAAAAGAGAUUGAAGAAAGAAGUGACAUUAACUCAGAAAAUAGCUACGCACAAUAGAUCUCUCGCAAAUGAAAAAAGAGCUAAUAGACCCAAAAGGGGAGAUGUGGUUAACCAUGAUCUUUGGGAUGUUCAACCUGCUGAAAAGAUUCCUCAAGGUGAAUGGUUGCAAAAUAUUACUGUAACUCAUACUCUAGCAAAUACUGGUCGUAAACUCAAAAGGGUUCCUACUUCUUUAUUAAAGAAACCUUCGGCAUUACCUGCUGUGAAUGUAUCACAUCCAGGUACAUCAUAUAAUCCUGCUUAUAAAGAUCAUCAAGAUCUUUUGAAAAAACUUGCAGAUGAUGAACGAAAAUUGAUCAAAGAAGAAAAGCACUUGAACCGUGUUACUCAUGCAAUCUUCAAAAAGGUUCCAGUAACUGAUGAGUUAGAACCUUUUAUAUUGGAUCAAGAUGAGGGAGAAGAAGAAGAAGAAGAAGAUACGGAAACAGAAAAUAAUGAACAAAUUGAAAAGAGAUCGAAAGAGCGAAAGAAGAAAACACAAGCUCAACGUAACAGACAGAAGACAGAAAAACAGCUAAGACGCCAAAAAUUGAUUGAAAAAUUAGAAAAAAAGAAAGUUGCAGAUGUUUAUCAUUUAUCACAAAUAACAAACAAAUUGAAAAAAAUAGAAGAAAAAAAUAAAAUUCUCAAACAAAAGAGAGAAGAGGCAAAGAAAACAGAAAAUCUUAAAACAAAGGUCUUGAGUAAAAAGAAAUUUGAACCAUUAGAACAAGAGUUUCAAUUGAGCGAAGAACUCGUAGGAAGUUUAAGAAGUAUCCAACCAGUGGGCAAUAUAUUGAAAGAUCGAUUCAAAUCUCUGCAACAACGUAAUAUUGUGGCACCAAGCUCUCUUGUUCUGAAAAAGGAUAAGGCUAAGAUCAAGAAAUUUGUAAAAGCAGAUCAUAAAAUUGAUCAAAAACUAAUCAACCAAGCAAUAGGCAAGAAAGUUAAAUAAAUUAGUAUUGUAUAAUUUAUUGUUAUUUUAGUGAUUACGAGUACAAUAUAAGUUUGUAUUUUUAUUCAAA